CAGGCUCUUUGUGUCGCCAGAGAAUCUGGUCGGGGUAGGAGCUAAGUCUCUGAACCACUUGUUCUGUUUAUGAGUGCCAAGUUAAUCCCCAGCAGUGAGAGACGGGGAAGGAGCAGGCUGUUGGGCUCUUCCUGCUGUUGAAAAUUCGCCGACACUCUGGAAAUUUUCUUCCUCCUUCAGCUCUGAAUGUUUCCCCAAACAUGAAGGUAAUACUUUUAUUCAUCUUGGUGGGAUUUAUAGGAGAGUUCCAAGUUUUUUCAAGAGCUGCCUCUCCAGUCAAUUGCCAGUGGGAUUCCUAUGCUUCAUGGUCAGAAUGCAAUGGUUGUACAAAGACUCAGACUCGCAGGCGGUCAGUUGCUGUUUAUGGGCAGUAUGGCGGUCAACCUUGCGUCGGAAGUGCAUUUGAAACACAAUCGUGUGAACCUACACUAGGAUGUCCGGUGGAAGAGGGAUGUGGAGAGCGGUUCAGGUGUUUCUCAGGCCAGUGCAUCAGCAAAUCUUUGGUUUGCAAUGGGGAUUCUGACUGUGAAGAGGACGGUGCUGAUGAAGACAGAUGUGAGGACUCACAAAGCAGACCUUCCUGUGACCUUGAUGAACCUCCUCCCAACAUAGAACUUACUGGAAAUGGUUACAAUGAACUCACUGGCCAGUUUAGGAAGACAGUCAUCAACACUAAAAGUUUCAGUGGUCAAUGCAGAAAAGUAUUUAGUGGGGAUGGAAAAAAGUUCUAUAGACUGAGUGGAAAUAUCCUUUCCUAUACAUUCCAGGUGAAAAUAAAUAAUGAUUUUAAUUAUGAAUUUUACAACAGUACCUGGUCUUAUGUAAAGAAUACCUUGACAGACUAUACAUCAUCCAGUAGCAAAAGCCACUUUUUUGGAUCUUCGUCUUCUGGAUCUUGUCAUUCAAUACCACAUUUCAAUGAUAACCACAAGAAAAAGAGUUAUCAGUUGUUGGUUGUCCAGAACUCUGUGGAAGUGGCUCAGUUUAUCAAUAACAAUCCGGAAUUUUUACAACUUGCGGAGCCAUUCUGGAAGGAGCUCUCCUUCCUUCCCUCUCUGUAUGACUACAGUGCCUACCGAAGAUUAAUCGACCAGUAUGGGACGCAUUAUCUGCAGUCUGGGUCCCUAGGAGGAGAGUAUAAAGUUCUGUUUUAUGUGAACUCAGACAAAAUCAAAGAAAGUGGUCUUCAUUCAGAAGAUAUGAAGAGAUGUACUUCCUCAGGUUUUAAUGUUUUCUUUGCAUCAUCAUCAUCUCACAAAUGCGAAACCCUGGAAAAUGCCUUAAAAUCAGAUUCAGGAAAUAAGGGCCAUGUGAUGAAAGGGGACUCAUUUGUCAGCGGGGGAAGUCCAAAUUUUGUGGCUGGCCUCAGUUCACUGGAUCUGAACAACCCUGCUGGAAACAAAAAGCAAUACUCUUCCUGGGCGGAAUCUGUGACUGGUAGUCCCCAAGUCAUAAAACAAAAGCUGACACCUUUGUAUGAGCUGGUAAAGGAAGUACCCUGUGCCUCGGUGAAAAGACUAUACCUGAAGAGAGCUCUUGAGGAAUAUCUGGAUGAAUUUGACCCUUGCCAUUGCCGACCUUGUCAAAAUGGUGGCAUUGCCACCAUUAAGGGAACACAAUGUCAGUGCCAUUGCAAACCAUAUACAUUUGGUGUGGCUUGUGAGCAAGGAGUCCUUGUAGGGAAUGAAGCAGGAGGGGUGGAUGGAGGUUGGAGUUGUUGGUCCUCUUGGAGCUCCUGUGUUCAGGGGAAGAAAACAAGGAGCCGAGAAUGCAAUAACCCACCUCCCAGAGAGGGCGGGAAAUCCUGUAUUGGAGAACCCUCGGAAAGCGGCCCCUGCGAGGAUGAGGAGCUGCAGCACUUACGGUUGCUUGAACCACAUUGUUUUCCUUUGCCUUUGACUCCAAAAGAAUUCUGUCCAUCACCUCCUGCCUUGAAAGAUGGAUAUGUUCAAGAUGAAGGUGCGAAGUUUCCUGUUGGGAAAAACAUAAAAUAUACUUGCAAUGAAGGAUACUCUCUUAUCGGAGACCCUGUCGCCAGAUGUGGAGAUGAUUUACAGUGGCUUAUUGGAGAAAUGCAUUGUCAAAAAAUUGCCUGUGUUCUACCUACAUUGAUGGAUGGCAUUCAGAGUCAUUCCCGCAAACCGUUCUAUGGAGUUGGUGAGAAGGUGACCAUUUCCUGUUCAGGUGGCAUGUCCUUAGAAGGUCCUUCAACAUUUCUCUGUGGAUCCAGCCUUAAGUGGAGUCCUGAUAUGAAGGGUGUUCGGUGUGUGAAAAAAGAUGCCCCCUUGCCGCCAGCAGUGCCUGAAUGUCAGCGCUGGGAGAAACUGAAGAAUUCAAGAUGUGUUUGUAAAAUGCCCUAUGAAUGUGGAUCCUCCUUGGAUGUAUGUGCUCGAGACGAGAGAAGCGAAAGGAUACUGCGUCUGACCGUUUGCAAGAUGCGUGUUCUCCAGUGUCAGGGUAGAAAUUAUACCCUUGCUGCGGGGGACAGUUGCACUCUGCCUCCCCCCACUGAGAAAGCCUGUGGCGCCUGUCCACUCUGGGGAAAAUGUGAUGCCCAGAGCGGCAAAUGUGUCUGCAGGGAAGCAUCCGAGUGCGAGGACGGCGGCUUUAGUGUCUGCGUGGAAGUGGAUGGCGUCGAGCAGAUGAUGAGCGAGUGCGCGGCCGGCGUGCUCAGGUGCCGAGGACAGGACGUCACUGUCACCAGCAUGCAGCCCUGCGCUGGGGGGACCCCGUAGGCUCCCGGGUCUCUCAGCCGGAAUCCCGCAGCCACUGUGGCUGAGUUCAAACACAUGUAACCAAGCACUCGAGGCGGCUCUGCCCGCGUGGAGGAACCCUCCCCCCCCCUCCUCCCCCCCUCCUCCCCCCCUCCUCCCCCCCUCCUCCCCCCCUCCUCCCCCCCCCCUCCUC